AUGGACGACGAUAUUAUGAAAGAACAAGGACUACGAGAUAUUUACUACAGUCCUAAGACUGGAUUCCAAACACCAGAGAAACUAUAUCUUAGAGCAGUAUCAGACGGACUUAAAGUAACCAGAAACCAGGUCAAGAAAUGGAUAAACGAGCAAGACACAUACACUAGGUACAGACAAGUAUUCAGUAAACAUAAGUUCAGACAGACGUACGUUCAAACUUUAGGUGAACAGUUACAAAUGGAUUUAGUUGACAUGACAAAAUAUGCCGAUAAGAAUAAGGGAUACCGAUGGAUUCUCACAUCAAUCGAAAUACUAAGUAGGUACGCAUUCACGGUACCAGUGUAUAGGAAAAACGCGACAUCAAUGAAGGACGCAGUCAGUAACAUUUUAGAGCAAUUUAAUAAUCGUUUUGGUAAAUACCCAAAAUUCGCCCAGUUUGAUCAGGGCACAGAGUUCUACAACAAAGAAGUAAAGUCAUUGCUCAAUAAACAUAACAUUGAGUUUUUCUCCACUUACUCAGAUAAAAAGGCUGCAGUUGUGGAAAGAUUUAACAGAACAUUGAAAUCUCUAAUGUGGAAGUACUUUUACAGUGCCAGUACAUAUAAAUGGUUAGACGUCCUUCAAGACUUAACUGAUAAUUACAACAGUUCAGUGAACAGAUCAAUUAAAACAACACCAGACAGUGUAAAUGAGUCCAAUUGGACUGAAGUAUGGAAGACACUUUUUAGUCACAAUUUAGGCAAGCCGUCAGAACCAAAGUUUGCUGUCGGAGAAAGUGUCAGGAUCUCAAAGUACAAAUCAGUGUUCACAAAAGGAUACGAAGCUAAUUUCACAGAGGAGUUAUUUACGGUGACGGAAGUGUAUCACGGCCAUCCAAACACGUACACAAUAGAAGACAGUGCUGGUGAAGUAAUAAUUGGCAGAUUCUAUGAACAGGAACUGUAUAGCGCUGAAGGAAGAGAACCUGAUUUUAAGAUAGAGAAAGUACUAAGAAGAAAAACGGUGAAGGGUAAAAAGAUGGCUCUCAUUAAGUGGUUAGGUUAUGAUGACAAAUUUAACAGUUGGAUCCCAGCUGGAGACAUUAAGUCCCUAACAUAA